ACAAACUUUCCGCCCCUCUCGCUCCCUCCUCCGCGCCCAACGCCUCCCGCUCCCACCCGGCUCAUUCCGCACAUUCCUGCCCUACACCCCCCCCCCCAACCACGACGAUCCCGCCCCCCCAACCACCGCCCCCGCGGCGACCCCGACCGGAGACCCCAGAACUCGGACCAGUCUUCUCCCCCAACCCUACCCCAGAUCGCCGCAUGCCCAGUGGGCUCAGAGCCGGAGCCCGGAGCAGCCAGCACAAUAGCGUCCAACAGCUGGAGCGCCAGUGGCAGCCCCGGCGAGAGCCGGGACGAUGGGGCCGAGGGCCUGGACAAGGGACUGGACAAUGAUGCGGAGGGGGUGUGGAGCCCUGACAUCGAGCAGAGCUUCCAGGAGGCGCUCGCCAUUUACCCACCUUGCGGCCGCCGCAAGAUCAUCCUGUCAGACGAAGGCAAGAUGUACGGCCGCAAUGAGCUGAUCGCCCGCUACAUCAAGCUGCGGACUGGGAAGACGCGGACAAGGAAGCAGGUGUCCAGCCACAUACAGGUUCUAGCACGGAAGAAGGUGCGGGAGUACCAGGUUGGCAUCAAGGUCUCUAGCCAUUUGCAGGUUCUAGCCAGGCGGAAAUCGCGGGAGAUUCAGUCCAAACUGAAGGCCAUGAACCUGGACCAGGUCUCAAAGGACAAGGCACUACAGAGUAUGGCGGCCAUGUCCUCUGCCCAGAUCGUGUCUGCCAGCGUCCUGCAAAGCAAGCUCAACCCCCCUCCGCCACCCCCACUAACCCCCGCUGUCUUCUCUGCCGCCUCUCGAUUCUGGAGUGGUCCCCCUCUUCCAGGACAGCAGCCAGGACCGUCUCAGGACAUCAAACCCUUUGCCCAGCCGGCCUACCCCAGCCAACCACCCCUGCCGCCCACGCUCGCCAGUUAUGAACCCCUGGCCCCGCUCCCACCAGCCGCCUCUGCCGUGCCAGUCUGGCAGGACCGAACCAUCGCCUCCUCCCGGCUGCGGCUGCUCGAGUACUCAGCCUUCAUGGAGGUGCAGCGGGACCCCGACACGUACAGCAAACACCUGUUCGUGCACAUCGGCCAAACCAACCCGGCCCUCUCGGACCCCCCUCUGGAGGCAGUGGAUGUACGACAGAUCUAUGACAAGUUCCCGGAGAAGAAAGGCGGCCUGCGGGAGCUCUACGAGAGGGGCCCGCCAAGCGCUUUCUUCCUCGUCAAGUUCUGGGCCGACCUGAACAGCACUGUCCAAGAUGGACCGGGGGCCUUCUACGGGGUCAGUGCCCAAUACAGCUCAGCUGAUAGCAUGACCAUCAGCGUUUCCACUAAAGUCUGCUCUUUUGGCAAACAGGUGGUGGAGAAGGUGGAGACAGAGUACGCGCGGCUGGAGGGUGGCCGCUUUGUGUACCGAAUCCACCGUUCACCCAUGUGUGAGUACAUGGUCAACUUCAUCCACAAACUCAAACAUCUGCCUGAGAAGUACAUGAUGAACAGCGUCCUAGAGAACUUCACCAUCCUGCAGGUGGUGACGAGCCGGGACUCACAGGAGACGCUUCUGGUCGUAGCCUUCGUGUUUGAGGUCUCCACCAGCGAGCACGGCGCCCAGCAUCAUGUCUACAAGCUGGUCAAGGACUAGUGCAGCCCCUUCCCCAGCCUCCCCACUGCCCCGAGGCCUGGGCCAGGACCUGUCUCCUCCCUGCCAAACCUCUACCUACCCCACUGCCCUGGGGGACUGUGCCAGAAUUGCCCCCUUUCCUCCAACUCCCCCUGGCUUGUGCCAGGAUGUGACUUGACCCUCCCCGCGAGGGCCUGUGCCGUGUUUCAAAGAAGAGGAAAGAAGACAGAGCUGGAGCAGAGGGACUGAGGGCAACAGGAGUUUCCCAUCUCUCCAUCCAACUUGCCAAGAUCCAGCCUGGGUCCAUGGCUGCUGGCAGGAGGGAAGCACCCCAGGGUUGGGUUCCUGGGGGAGGGGGGUUGGGCUCUUGGUAGGGGUCGGGGGAAGGAGAGAGACGGUCAGGGUGGAAACAGAGCAGGGGCUAGAAAGGGUCUGAGGAAGUUUACCCUACGUCAGCGGAAGUGGCUGCAGUGGGGGGUGGUCCCCCGAGAGCAGAGAGAGAAAGAGGCGGGGGGAGUAAGGGCUGGGACUGAGGAGGCAUGGAAAGCAGGUGUGGAGGAGGGGUGAGCAGGAGGUGAAGAGGGUGGGGGAGGGCAGGGAUUGGGGGAGAAUGGGCAGGCCAGGAGUGUGACCGUGUGGGAGAGAUGAGCAGGAGGACAUGACAGGAACCAGAACUUGGGAACGAAGGACUUGGAGAACAAAAGGGAUUUAGAGGCUGAGGAAGCGGAGCGAGGUUUCACGCCUAGAGCCAGGCCACGAUGAGAGGGAGGCCUGAACCCAGAACCCUCCGUGGAAGGAAAAGGGGGCAGGGAUGACAGAGUGGAGCUUGCUAUGCGUGCUCCCAACCUGCUCUGAAGAAUGGGGAGAGGAGGUUGUCCAAGAUAAGGGGCCCAAGAGAACAUCCCGAGGCAGAUGGGAGUUGGGGUGGGAAGUAACAGGGACAGAGGGAGGCCUGAAAAUUUGGCUGCCCCACCACUCUCCCUUCAGCUGCAGCAUUCAGCCAAGCUCCAGUACUCACCACCCCACCAUCGCCAACUAUUGUUCUCCCCAUCACGGCUCAAGAUCAUCCCCGUCCCCCAACCUUCGGCCCACCCCUGGAUGCUGCCAAACUUGACGCCUGCUUGGGGAGGCCUUGGUGGAGGUCUCAUCCCUCCCACAAAUUUCCUGCCACUCCAGCAGGUCACCCCGACCUGGCCCCUUCCCCCACCCCCUAAUUCCUCCCCCUCCAGCCCCCAAUUCAGUCCUCUGAGCCCGGUGCUAGUGACACCCUUUCUCCUCCAGCCCAGAAAGAAAUUGCCCUGAGCUAAUUAAGAGCCUAUGAGUAACCGGGGGCCAGGAUGCAAUGGAAACCACUCCCUCCCAGCCCCACCCUCACUUUGGCCAGGGUCAGAGGAGUCGUUAAGGAGCCUUGUGUCAGAGGGCAGGUUAUCCUAGGGGCAGGUGAAGCUGUCUUCAUGGGCUCCGGGAUAGGGAAGUAGAUUUGGAAGAAGGGAUAGUGGAGUGAGGGACCGCCCCUAGCUCAGAGGAACUGCGGUGGCUUGAGGUUUGGCUUGGGUUUUAGGAAAAAGACUGAGGGUUGAGGAUGUGUUAGGCUCCUUGAGGAAAGCAAUAGACGCUGAUGCACCCUCCUCACCCCACCCCACCUUCUCCCUCUUCGGGGUCCCUCAGGGAACCACCAGGCAGCUCCCCCUAGCUGCCUCAACUCUGGGAAUGAAGAUUUUUUAACCCCUUGUCUCCCGAGAGCCGUCCCUUUCAGGCCCCCCAUUCCGACGUCCGGUCGCCCCAUGACGUGGGAGGGACAGACCGUCCACGGUUGUCAUCAGUGAAGAUGGAGGGAACAGCGAGGGGGUUCUAUGGCAGCCCUGGGGGAUUCAUGAGUUUCAUAUGAAGUACUGUGCCCACCCUCCUCACACUGUGUGUUCCUCUCCCUCAGCUUCCCAGGCCCUUCACCAAAUAUCCUCCCCCACCCACUCCCUUGGUUUGUACUGUACAUUAUAUUAUAUUGUUUGUGUAUUUUUUAAUUCAGCUGUGAGGGGUGUGUCCUCUCUGGGUCAUGGGGCUGGGGCGGGCAGCUCUUACUCAGAAAACAAAAAACAUUAAAGUGAUUUGUUUGUGGGUCUGUGG